AAAAUUUAUAUCUAGGUGAUAACGAAUGUUGGUUGAUAAUUCUUAAUCCGUAUUACUAAUUACCAUUAAAAGAAUCAUCAUCCCGAUUAGUGAAGUAUGAUCGUCGAUUGAAGAAAGACGGCGCGUUGUUUCGAGUCAAGUGCUUCUCAAGUGUCUGCGUAAUAUUUACAUCGUGAUAAAAACCUUAAUUAUACCUGUCAAGUCACGCAUGAUGACUACUAUCAUACCCACGGCGAUCAGAGUGUCGUAUAAGUCUAGGUGUUACCGGAUUACAUUGCGCCAUCUCAGUAAUCGUCGAGUAGAAUUUGCCGAUCAAUCGAGUAAAAAAUUUCUAAAUGUUAACAUCGUAAAGAAAAGAUACAAAAUGAAUAACUACAGCACCGAGAGAAUUUUAACCCUGGAUAAUAUGAAUUCGGCGGUGAAAAAAUUGGAGUACGCCGUCCGAGGACCUCUUGUCAUAAGAGCAGUCGAAAUACAGAAGGAGCUCUUGGAAAACAAAACGAGUAAACCUUUUAAAGAUGUUAUUCGAGCUAAUAUCGGCGACUGUCAUGCGAUGGGCCAGAAGCCAAUCACGUUUAUACGUCAAGUGUUGGCUUUAGUUACCGUUCCAGAGCUGUUAAAUUCGCCCGAUUUCCCAUCCGAUGCGAAAGAAAGAGCACGUACUAUUUUAGAAAAUUGUCAAGGCGGUAGCAUAGGUUCUUAUACCGAUUCGGCGGGUAUUGAGAUUAUCAGAAAGCACGCCGCUAGAUACAUUGAAAGAAGAGAUGGUAUCCCGAGUGAUUACAACGAUAUUAUUCUAAGUGCAGGUGCAUCGAAUGGUAUUAAGAGUAUAUUGAAACUAUUGAAUGAAAAAGUCGACAAUAAAGUUCCUGGUGUUAUGAUACCAAUACCCCAGUACCCUUUAUAUUCGGCAUCGGUCGCCGAAUUCAAUAUGUACCAAGUAAAUUAUUACAUGGACGAAGACAAUAACUGGGCUCUAGAUAUUAGCGAAUUGGAACGCUCUAUUAAAGAAGCUAGAGAUAAAUGUAAUCCUCGAGUUCUGGUCAUCAUCAAUCCUGGCAAUCCUACAGGUCAAGUAUUAUCUCGAAAGAAUAUCGAAGAAGUUAUAAAAUUCGCACACAGAGAGAAGCUCUUCUUGUUUGCAGACGAGGUCUAUCAAGACAACGUUUACGCCGACGGAUGUAAAUUCCACUCGUUUAAAAAAGUAAUGACGGAAAUGGGACCUCCGUACUCGAAAAUGGAAUUGGCGUCGUUCAUGUCUUGCUCCAAAGGUUAUAUGGGUGAAUGUGGUCUACGAGGAGCUUACGCAGAGGUCAUCAAUUUAGAUCCUCAAGUCAAAGCAAUGUUAUUUAAAUUAAUUUCCGCCAUGUUAUGCCCCACCGUACACGGACAAGUUGCUUUAGAAUGCGUUGUGAAUCCUCCUCAACCCGGUGAAGAAUCCUAUGAAACGUUUACCAAAGAAAAAACCGCUGUUUUACAGUCGUUAAAUGAACGAGCGAAAAUGGUCGCUGAUACGUUCAACAGAAUGCCUGGUAUUACGUGUAAUCCGGUGCAAGGAGCUAUGUAUGCUUUUCCCAGGUUACACUUACCGGAGAAAGCAAUCGCCAAAGCUAAAUCAAAAAAUCAAGAUCCAUCGGUGUUUUACACGUUUGAAUUACUGGAAAAUACCGGAAUUUGUGUCGUACCAGGAGCUGGAUUCGGUCAACAACCAGGAACCUAUCAUUUCAGGACUACCAUCCUACCUCAGCCGGAAAAACUGAAAGAAAUGUUAGAAAGACUUGAAUCGUUCCAUUUGAAAUUUUUAGAAGAAUACAAGUAAACGAAACUCGCUGUUGGCGUUCGAAAUUCUACAAAUAUUGUACUUAAUUAACAUGUUAUUCAAAUAAGGCUUUUUUUUGUACAGCAUUUACAUUCUCAUUCUCUCGUUGCAUUCGUUCAUAACAUGAGUACCUCAUAUUUAUUAUCGCGUGAUUUUAUUACAUUAUAAAUAUCGAGUCAAUUUUUCACUUCCGCACACUAAGUCGACAAACAGAGCUAACGGUAUUUUACACGUUUAAAUUCCAUUUUUGUUUUUUAAUCAAUUCAAGUACCUGCGUUAUAAAGUCGUUAUUCUAAUAUUCGUAUAUUGCUUUCGCGCUGCGCCGAGUGUAGAUAUAAUGUUUGAUUGUAAUGAUGAAAUACUCGUUUGUUUUAAUUACUAGUUGUACAUGUGAAUGCGUUUUAGAGUAUUUUUAAGAUGUUAUUUAUUCCAAUAAACACCUUGAAAAGUUUA